AUCAAGCAGUGUACGUUGUGUAAGUGAUCUGAUUGGUUGCACGGAUAGAGAGAAAAAAUACUUAACCCAGUUACCCACCCACUUCUUAUAUUAAGCCAGGGUCACGACUGAAUUCUUCCCGCAUAUGCCAAGAACUUCUAGUGAUUGUCUAUAGCAGGUAGAGUGAGUGCCGAAGUUAAUGGGAAGCACUGCCAGAAUGGAGAAAAUCCAGCCGCGCUUUGAUUCAGUCCCGAUUACGGAGUCGACAUCCAGGUGUUUCAUUGUCCGUGUUGUGCUCAUUAUGGGUCUGCUUCAGAUCGCAUCGAGCGUUGCGCUUCUCAUGUACUUCUCACACCAGAUUGCACAGGUAUCAUCGAAAGGUUCCUUGCAGAAUAAUACACAAUGCUUGAAUGAAUCUCAAUGGAAAGCAAUACAAGAUUUGCUGGCAAAGAACAAACAAGAGAGUUUGCCUCCUGUUGCAGAUGCUCUUAUAGAUCCCCGAAAAAAAUUCAGAGUAGCUGAACGUCCAAACUGUAAAACAAAGAAGGAUCGAAAGCAUUCUGUGCUUCCUCCUGAGAAACCUUCAGCACACCUACCUAUACGAGCUGACAAAAACUUCAUUCAAAACACCACUGUACCAACCAUGAUAUACUGGGACUCAAGCAACGGCUUGGCACAUAUACAUAAUAUGAGCUAUUCGGAUGGAAAGAUCAAAGUCAACCAAGAAGGACUCUACUACGUGUAUGCCAAGACAUGUUUCAGACAUAAUCUGGAAGUAUCCGAGGAGCUCCGAGCUGUGGAGAACGGGAUUCAGUUACUGCAGUACGUUUACCAUACAAAACAUACGCGGCAACACGAAAAUCUGCUUCUCAUGAAGAGUGGGAGUGUCAAGCACUGGAACAAACAUGUCAAAUUCAGAUUCUAUUGCAUACACCAAGGAGGGCUCUUCCCAUUAAAGUCUGGGGACGACCUGUUUGUUAAAGUGUCCUAUGCAUCAUUACUGGAUCCAACACAAGAGGCUAGCUAUUUAGGAGCUUUUAAACUGAGCAAUUUGGAAUAAGUUAUUUUAUACAGAACAUUGCAGUGUAAAAAAUCCUGCCUUAUGAACAUUCUUUUGAGAAUAACGAAGAACCAAGAAUAAUGACUGUGUUUUAUUUGUUACAAUUUUGACUUUUUGCCUUAAGUAUUUACUUUCACAAAAAAAAAGUGUGUGUGCUUUUUUAUAUGAUUACAAUCUAAUUUUAUAUUUGAUAAUAAUGAUUUUAGGGUUACAGUUAAUUAUGUAUUACAGUGUCUGUUGGCACAUGAGAUUUAAGAUAUUGGCUUGCCAUUUGAUGUUUUAUUAUUGAGCGGGUGCACUUCUGGAAUUCCUGAUGGGGUCAAUGCAGCUCAAAGUCGGUUUCGGUUAAAGCGAAUACCUUGUUUCCAUCUUCAUGUGAAGCCCACGUUUUGCAGUUGAUGGUGGUUGAUUGUCUAUCCACACUGCACUUGGUCAGCUGUACUGUCCAUGUUCAAUCUCAGGAGCUAGGCAUGGUUGAACCACUUUUAUGGAAGACCUCCAUAAACUUCACCAUGAUGCUAGGGGGUAAGGUGCUAUUACUGCAACCCUUUGUGGGGGCUGGAUCCUGUCCACUUUGUGGUGUAAACAACACCACAGGUGCUAAUCUUGUUAUGCUCUCUUAAUUCCAAAAUACGCCAAAAAGAAAACAAAACCGUCAAAAGUGAUUUGUCAUUUCUUUGGAUGAUGUAUUCUUUGGCGGGGGCCCUCCGUAAACAAGAUGCUGAUAGUAUAGGUCCCCAUCAUUUUUCUUGAACUAGAGUCUAGCCUCUGGCAUGGACAGUCAUGGAGGUAUCUAUACUACAUACAUAACUCCUUGAGCACAAUGCACUGUAAAUCAUAAUAUUUCUGUUUGCUAAUGGAACUAAAAGUGUAUGCCGGUUACACGUAUUUAUUUGAGUGUAGGACAGGUGGAAACAAGAUAAAAAGUGUGAAGGUCUGUGUAUUUAUAAAUUGUCAGUGUUUUGAAAGAGCGGCAGACUGAUCUUACAGCUGAACUGAUUGUUUCCCAUUUAGAGUUUUUUAAGAUUUUUUUUUCUAUGUUAUUUAUAUCACUUAAAGUAAUAAAAUAAAACAUACUUUUUUUUAA